AUGGCGGUGCCCUAUCUCCCCGAGUACGAGCAAGAGGAGACGGUGAUGCCACCCGCGACGCCGCACCAUCUGCGGGAGCAUGGUCUCGAACCGGCCAAUUCGCCCUUCGCGGGCCGCAUUGGCGGCAACCAGGACUUCGUGCUGGACCGCAGCGAUCCCAAGAACCUGGCGGAGCUGGACCGGGUGCCCGACGCGGCGCCGUGCAUGAACGCGCAGGAGAUCUUCGAUCCGCGGGGAUUCCUGUCGCCGGAUCUGUGGAAGUUCGCCAUGCUGGAGUGUGUUGCCAGCAUGCUCAACACCUUCAUCUCCGCCUGGGUCACCACGCACCCGUACGCGGCCAUGACCGCCUCGACGGCAGCCUCCGGCGUCUACGGGACGGUCACCUUCUUCUCCCCGACCUUCGGCGGCCUGACCAACCUCCUCCUCACGCCCCUGCUCAUCUACACCUUCUCCCCCAGCUCGGGCGGCCACAUCAACCCCCUCAUCACGCUCGCCACCUUCUUCGCCCGCAUCAUCUCCUUCCCCCGCGCCGUGCUCUACAUCCUCGGCCAGACGCUGGGCGGCGCGCUCGCCGGGUUCGCGCUGCACGCCGCCUUCGGCGACCGCAACAUCACGGUCGGCGGGUGCUACAUCGACACGACCCAGGUGCCGGUCACCAGCGGGCUGGUGAUCGAGUUCUUCGCGUGUUUGAUCAUCGUGUGGCUGUGUUUCGGGGUGGCGUUGGAUCCGCGCCAGGCCAAGGUGUUUGGGCCCGCGGUCGGGCCGUGGUUGGUCGGUGUGGUGGUCGGUGUGAUCACGUGGGGGACUUCGUUUACGCGGGUGGGGUAUAUUGGGGCCAGUGUCAACCCGGCACGGUGUUUCGGGGCAUAUGUCGCCUCCGAGUUCCCGGGGUACCAUUGGAUUCAUUGGGUCGGUCCGCUGGCGGCCUCGGUGGCGCAUGGGCUCGUGUAUUUCGUGGAUCCCCUGUGGAAGGAUCCUAGGGCCAAGUCGUGA